GAGACACAAUACGAAGGGCGCCACAGUGCAUGUAUGAAUGUAGAACUUUAUUUCAUUCUUUCUGAGCAGUUGUAAUGGAAUAUAGAAGGAGUGAAAUAGCCUCUCCAGUAAUCUUUUCAUGUAAAGUGGACAGAUGCAGUGUUGAGGAGUUACAGGUAAACAGCUUUCUAUAUAUAAAAGAUUGCGAUUUGCAGCACCGUCCUUUAUGCAGUCGCGACAAUUCCAGCACUCGCACCGUAAGAGGGAAAAGCCAGGAAAAAAAACACUCCAGCAAGCUCGCAAAUCCAAGACCUGUUUAAGACACUCGUGGAAAAUGAAUACACUCGUCUUGGCAAUGUCCCUGUUGGCAUUUACAUUCCUUCCUGCGAAAACGUUGCAUCUGUUAAGAAAUCCAGACCGGGAGAGGUUUGGCUCUCACAGCGACAAGGAGCUGGGUGUGGAGAGCCUGGGCUACAGUCUGCCUCUGUCUUUGAGGCACAGAUUGCUCCAACAUUUCUCUGCUCAGCCCUCGCCCAUCAGGGAAAGGGGGGAGCCGCCGUUGGUAAGUGAAUCUUUUACUCUGGGCUAUUUACACUCCAACCCCAGGAGCGCCGAAGCUGUUCCCAGAGGUAACGAUGAACUGUUGUCCAUCUAUCGCUCCAAGAGAUACAACUCCAAACCCAACUCUCUCGACCUCACUUUCCAUCUCUUGAGAGGGUACCUAGGCAUGGCCAGGGCUGAGAAGAUGGCCCGCAAAGCACAGAGUAACAGACUGAUGAUGGAAAGCCUAGGGAAAUGACAUUUAUCUAAUGGAAAUCGAGUCCAUUUAGGAUCCGUGUCCAAUAAUUAUCAUCAAUAUUGCAUAAUGCACGUUGCCUAUUAGAAAUAAAAUAGUAAAAAACAAUACUGUACUUCAACCCAGCAUAUGCAGUGUUUCCACCUGAUGGAUUACUCUUUCAAAUAAAGUGAAAUAAAGUGUACCAACAUGGCUUGUUUUUUUUACAAAGCUUUAGGUAAAAUUGCUUCAAAAUGACUUUAUUAUUUGUGACUUAUCUGCUGAUUUAGUUGGCUUCUCACUUCCUGGUUCAGAAGUGUAGAAUAUUACAGAAAUUGGUUACAAUGUCAAUUACUUAAUGAUAAAACAACAGCAACAACUUGGAUUUAUAUAGCACCCUUGUGAGUAGUAUGUCAGAGAGCUUAAACAAUGGUGGAGCGUGAUGCUGAGCCAAGGAGAGAGGGGAGGUGAUUGUAGGCACAGUAAAGAGGUAG